AUGACCUACUACAUCACUCCCACCGCCGAUGAGAACGCAUACCCGCCUGGCGAUGAGGUUUCGUCCGUUGUCAAGGACAGCCCAAACAAGCUGAGCAUCGUCAACAUCCCCACAUACAUCGAGGAGGAGCAGAUUCGAGAGCUCGUCGAGACCCAACAAGCUGAUCUUUCUUCUCUCUUCUCCUUCUUGGAUCUCGGGACUGGCUCCAAGGUGCACGAGUUCGCCGACCAGUCGUCAUCGUGA